AUGGGGGCAAAAUCUAUCGACUCGUCGUCUCCGGCGCCCGAGUUUCCUCAAGAGCAGCACCAGACGGCAACAUCACCGUCCAAGAAGCGCAAGUCAACCAUCGACGAGAUCGCCGUCGACCUCACUCUCCCCGAGCCGCCAUCCAAGAAGGCCCGCCGCCUGCUCAAGAAGGGCAAGCCCUUGCCCGUUAAAGCGCACUCUAGUGACGAAGAGAGCGAUGACGAUAACGACAAGGCUGCCGCUGGGACGGUCGAAGAUGCCAAAAAGAAGAAAGAGCGCUCACCCUAUGGCGUCUGGAUUGGUAACCUGCGAUUCACCGUCACCAGGGGGGAUUUGAGGAAAUGGCUGGUCGACAACUCUGGGGGCGUCAUUAAUGACGAGGACAUUACCCGCGUGCACCUGCCCACUGUCAAGCCGGCAGCGGGCGACCCCAAGAGAGACAAGGACACGCCGUCAGAAAACCGAGGCUUCGCAUACGUCGACUUUGCGACUCUCGAGGCCAACGUGGCAGCCAUUGCGCUCUCGGAAACCGAGUGGAACCGGCGCAAGGUCCUGAUUAAGGACAACAAGAGCUUCGAUGGGCGGCCGAAGAAGGAGGAACCCGCCGACGAGGACGGCAAGGACGGAGCUGCGGCACCGGUCAAGAAAAAGAACAUGCGCACCAAGGUCUUUGUCGGAAACCUGGCCUUCACCGUGACCGAGGACGACCUGCGUGCGCACUUUGACAAGUGCGGCAAGAUCCGCUGGAUCAAGGUUGCCACGUUCGAGGACACAGGCAAGUGCAAGGGCUACGGCUGGGUGAACUUCGAGGAGGCUGAAGCGGCCGGGUGGGCAGUCAAGGGCUUUGUCAAGAUACGCGAGACCAUUGAAACGUUAGAAGACUUUAUGGACGACGAUGAGGCGGACGGAAAUGACGAAGUAGACGACAGUGAUGCCGAGGAGGGCGAGAGCGCCAAAAAGACCAAAAAGCCAGCCGCGAAACAAGCCGCGGAGCCCGUGAGGGUAAAGACACGCAAGUGGUGGGUGAACCAGCUCCAGGGCCGAAACCUCAAGAUCGAGCUGGCCGAGGACGACCAGCUGCGCUACACCAAGCGCUUCAAGAAGGGCGGGUCAAAGAACCCCAGCACUGCAGAGGGGGCUGAGGGAGCACCUGCCAAGGAGGGUGAGGCGAGGGCCUACAGCAAGCCGAAGAAGGCAAUCGCCUACGCGACCGACAUCAGCGUCGCCAGGCUUACUGGCGCGCCGGUCAAGAGCGAAGGAAAGAAGACCACGUUUGAGUACGAGAGGGGCGGGCGUUGA